GGAAGAAGCGAGGGAACGGGGACCCGAGUGCGUCGGUGGGCGGCGCGGCCAGGGGCGCGGGCGCCUAGCGCGCUCGCGGCGCUGCAGACUCUGCGGGUCAUGGCUCCGCUCCUCGCGUCUGGACGGGACCGUGCCGGCCGGGAGGAUGAGGACCGAGGCUGGGAGGCGCGGGGGGACCGCAAGGCCCGGAAGCCCCUGGUGGAGAAGAAGCGGCGCGCGCGGAUCAACGAGAGCCUGCAGGAGCUGCGACUGCUGCUGGCGGGCCCGCAGGUGCAGGCCAAGCUAGAGAACGCGGAGGUACUGGAGCUGACGGUGCGGCGCGUGCAAGGCGCACUGCGGGGCAGGUCGCGCGGGCGCGAACAGCUGCAGGCGGAAGCAAGCGAGCGCUUCGCCGCUGGCUACAUCCAAUGCAUGCAUGAGGUGCACACGUUCGUGUCCACGUGCCAGGCCAUCGACACCACCGUGGCCGCCGAGCUCCUGAACCACCUGCUGGAAUCCAUGCCGCUGCGCGAGGGCAGCAGCUUCCGGGAUCUGCUGGAGGACGCCCUGGCCGGGCCUCCCGGAGCCCCUAGGCGAAGCGGCUGGCUCAUGGGAGGGGCCCUGGGGUCCCCGCUGCCCAGCCCUCCGGGCCCCGGGGACGACAUGUACUCCGACCUGGAGGAGGCCCUCGAGGCGGAACCGAGCCGCACCCUUGCGGAGAGGCCAGACUCCGUGCCCGGGGCCCUCAGCAGCCUGACAGCUGCCCGGGUCACCCAGAGCGUCUGGAGACCUUGGUGACCAAUGCCAGGCGAGGGCCUGUGGGGCUGGGCCUGGCCUUCUCGUGCUCUGGUCACUCCUCCCUGAGUUCUAGAUGUGGGCCGGGUCCGAAUGUCUCCCAGGUCUGCCGGUACUCUCUCCAGUGGGCAUCAGUCCAGCAGCCCUUGGAUGCCCAGCGAGGCCCCUAGUCCUGUUCCUUAAAGGAGUAACUUCUGUGGACCCAAGGCCCGGUGGGGGGAGGAUGGGAGUCACAGGGGCCAGGAAGGAUCGGGCAGAGCUAUCAGGGCUGUCUGGGGUUCGGCCCUCCCAGUGUUCUCAGGCUCUGUGUGGGUUGGGGGGAGGCGGGACAGAGGUGACCAGAGUGGUGCUGAGUCUCUCCUCCUUGCUGAGCACUAGUGUCCCGGCAGAGGGAGACCUCAGGCUCUGGCAGCCUUGUCCUGAGUAGAGGUUUGAACUUGCCACUUCAGCCAGGACACAGGGGAGGCAGGUGCAGCAUUGCACACAGCUGUGGAACAGACUUCCUGUACAUCUGGCAUUUAGCACACUUGAGUUUGUGUAUCAGGUUACCAUCAAAUGUUCCAAUCUAUUAAAUAAAGGAUUUUGGAGAGUUAGUUACCCUUUUGAA